AUGAAGCAGAGGGUCGCCAAGAAAGGAGGACGAGGCAAGGCCUCGACUUCCACAAAAAAACACGAUUAUCGCAACAAAAAAGGCCGAAACGUCAAGGCCCAGACUCAUCAUGACGAUGAUGAUCUGUCUGACGUAGAGGCGGAGUACCUCGAGGACAUCCCCGAGGCUAUCGCAAAACAGAUCCACCAGUUGGCCAAUGAGAAUGACCGAGAAUCUCGCAAGGUGGCAUUGGCCAAUGACUCAGAAUUCCUGGAGCAGGAUGCACUCAUAUCCGAUACACUAAAGGAUAUCUCCGGUUUCAUGCCGGAGAAAGAUGUGCCCAAAAGCAGCGUUGAGAUUGGGAAGCUCAGCAAGAUCCUGUUCAAAAAUCCAUCCCAAGAGGAUGAGUACCUGAGCAAAAUUAAAGAACUAUACACAUCAAUUGGUGUGUAUAUGUCCAAAUUUAAGAGUGGAAGCCUUCCCAAGGCCUUCAAGGUCCUUCCCAGCAUGGAGAACUGGGAGGAGCUCGUGGGUCUCACGUCCCCGGAGAGCUGGACACCCAACGCCAUGUGCCUUGCAACACACAUUUUCGCGUCGAAUAUGACCGAUUCAAAGGUUGAGAUAUUCUACAACAAGAUUCUGUUGCCCACGAUACGAAAGGAUAUCCGUAAUGGGAAGAAGUUGAAUUAUCACCUAUAUAUGGCUUUGAAGAAGGCCAUUUUCAAGCCUGUGGCGUGGUUCAAGGGUAUAAUUGUGCCCAUGGUCGAGGAGGGAUGCAGCUACAAGGAAGCGGCCAUCAUCGGCAACGUGCUGCGCCGAAUAUCGAUUCCCGUGUUGCACGCAUCCGCAUUCAUUCUGCGCCUGUGCCAAUGCCAAAAGUGGUUUGGAAGUAGCAGUUUCAUAAUGUCGAUUCUGCUGCAAAAGGGCUAUAAUCUGCCUAAAAAGGUAGUUGAGGAAUGCGUUCGCUACUUCUGCAAGUUCGAGGCAUUUGAGGACCAGCUGCCCGUCAUUUGGCACCAGUCGCUUUUGACGCUGGUGACCAGUUACAAACACUACUUCAGCACCGAGGACUACGCGAGUAUUCAGAAGCUAAUACGAGUUCACGCUCACGCGCAAAUCACGCCGGUGAUCAGUCACCUGUUGUCGUGCACUAUAAACGAAGUUGAAAUGUAG